AUGUCUUCCUCCCACACCAACCAGGACUAUCGAGCAGGGCUGGCCCCUCGAUCCAUGCUCCGACCAACACAGAUGUUUCUUGAACAUGAAGAUAAAAUUUACCAUCGUGUUCAAGAAACACCUGACUCUAAAGGUGAGUCCGAUUUCGAGGAUUUCCCCAUGCGUGGCAGUUCCACUGAUCUCGUGGUCGUAAGACGCCGCGUUGAUAGGACUAUGGAACUGGGCGUCGACAUGUAUAGUCCCAUCACCGCGGGUGGUAACAGCGGUUGGGCACUCAUGUUCCACGAUCCAUUCUUCGGAUUGGCGUAUCGUUUUCGCAUGGCAGGCGGGCCAAGUAUGGGCGAACCCUGGAGGUUCGAGUUCGAAAUUAGAGAAAUUGGACAACCAAACACCUUUCCCACACCCACUAGACGUCACUUCAUCAGCAUGAUGCGAGAGCAUCAGUGUCAUCGAAUAUACGCCACUGCCAGAAGAACCCAAGGUCAGUUCUGCCAGCAAUGGGUCAUCGACGUGAUCCGUGACCUGGAGUCGCAGGGCCUAGUCCCACCAGGUAGGGCAACACAACUCUCAGAAUCCCUCGAGACCGAUCAAUACCCCAAUAUCCAAGUCUCGUACAAUGACCAACUGUCAACAAUCGAACAGGAAAGGGCCAGAUUUGGCGGCAACCUAUGGGUGUUCUUGACUUUUGGCGGCUCUCGCAGGAGAGUCAACGUACUAGACAGGAUUGAAGGUAGCUUCGUUCAACAGAUGCUGAGAAUGGGCCUGGACCUCGAUGUUCACAUUUGGUUAAAUGACCAAUUUGAUUAA